AUGCCCUACACUUUCAAGAUCAAGUCGCAGCCUCACUUCGGCCGCAUCACUCCGGAGUUCCUCCGCCCCUUCGCCUCGUCGGCGAUCUUCUGGGGAGCCGGUGCUGGCAUCGCCGUCUCGCUCUUCAUGAGCUCGGUCCCCCUCUUCCAGAAGGACGUGCUUGACAAGAUCCCCGUUGUCCGCAACUACUUCAUUGACGACACCCCUGACUCGGACAAGCCCUUCUAG